AUGUUCUCCGCUGUGAUAGUGCAGCGUCAAGCUGCACAUCUCUACCGCAGCAAAUCCCCCCUCCUCUCUACUAGCGAGCUUUCCAUACGUGCAUUCCAUGGCCGGCCGUCAGCACUCCGCUACACCCGGCUCUACGCGACCGUCCCCACGACCUCUGAGCGCAAGCUGGAGCAGCCCUUACGACCCCCAAGCACAGAAGGGAAGAAGAAGAAAGUCGAGCUACGGCCUAGUCCCAAGCUCCCCGAAACCCCAAUCCAAGCGAAAGCAUCAAAGUCCAACGCUCCCCCUCCUCCAGCACCAAAGUUCACCCCCUCGGAAUUGGAUGCUGCUCCCCAGCCUCUUCCCAUCCCUUCAACACCGGAGGUUGCCCAGCCACACGGCCUGCGAUCAGCGAUCGAUAUCGCCAUCUCUGAUGUGCUGCGCGCGUCGCGUGAAGGCCAGUUGGCGCCUAUAGACCCCUUUCUGCCCUGGGUGCAGCGGAUGUUCCGCUUGGGAAUCGAGCUCGCCAAGUUCUAUUGGAGAGGGACGAAACGGUUUUUCGAGCACAGGAAGAUCGUGGGUGAUAUUGGGAGGAGGUGUGAGGAGGAAAGGAGGGGGAGGACGUGGAGGGAAGAGAGGUUUGUACAGUUGUAUAAGAGCGAUAGGAUCAAGUUGCUGCCCUUUAUCCUCACCAUCCUCAUAUUAGAGGAAGUCGUUCCACUGAUAGUGAUCUACGCGCCCUUUCUCCUCCCAUCAACAUGCAUUCUCCCUUCGCAACAAGAGCGCAUGGAAGCUGCCCGGAUAACCAAACAUCGGGCCGCUCUCGCACAGCUCGGAGCAGCGCUGAACCAAGCUCCAAGCUCGGAGAAGGCCACUUCUCAGUUCAGGAUCGCCGACCUCUCCCCUCAACUCGUCAAGGGGCUUUGUGGUGCCCUCUCACUACGCACGUACCUCCCCACUCCGUUCCUCCGGUGGACACUCUCCUCCCACCUCACCCUGCUAGAAACAGACGACCAACUCCUCCUCCCGGCCCUUCCUGGGCUAGACGUGCACGAGCUCCGGCAAGCAGUGACAGAGCGAGGCGGGCUGGCGGAAGGAGCAGGGGAAAAACAGUUGAGGGUAUGGUUAGCUCGGUGGAUGGAGGGUGUGAAGCCGACGCUGCACGGUGAAGGAGGUGAGAGGAGGGCAAGGCUGAUACUGGAGUAUGCGGCUCGGCAGUGGGAUUGCGGGAAAGAGCAUUCGACGCAUUAGGGCGCAAAUACGGUGGGCGGUGUGGUGAUGUACAAGACUGCUUUGGCGUUCAAUGGGCAUAAACAGAAUAUUGACUUAAUCCCCUCUAUCCAGACUCGAGGUUUCCAUCGUAGCACAUCCUGCCUGGGAAUACCUGCCGCACCCAAUGAACGAAAACG